GAGAGAGUCGCGGUGGGCGUGGCUAACGGAUUCAGAUCAGACAAGCUUUACUGCAGCCAACGUCAACACAAACCAACAAACACGGACUCUGUUUCUGCUGUUAUUUAAUUAACAUUCGUUGCAUUUUGCUGUGCGUCUCCUAAACUGAAGGGAUUCUAGUGAGGGAAGGAGACAUGUCCCAGGACAAGCCAGCCUACCCUAUAAUGGGGGAGAACAAUCCUCUUCACAACAACGUCUAUGGGCCACCCAAAACCGAUGCCUUUGGAAUGCCUCCGCCCAACUAUAGUCAGGGUCCAGGAGCUCCUCCGUAUGUGGCACCAGGACCCUGUGGCCAGCCCGGUUACGGCCAACCUCCAGCACCAGGGUUCGGCCCUGGUCCAUACCCACAGAUGCCAUAUCCACAGAUGCCGUACCCACAGGGGCCCUACGCUCAGGGGCCCUAUGCUCAAGGUCCAUACCAGCAGGGGCCCGGCCAGCCUGCCUUUGGUGUAGAUCCUAAUGCUUCUAUGGACAGCCCUGGAUACCACGGUGGAGAUGGACCCCCUUCUUACUAUGGCAAUGAUGAGUUUGCGAACUCUGGCUGGGAAGAUAAGAGUAUCCGACAGGCCUUCAUUAGAAAGGUGUUUAUGGUCUUGACCGUGCAGCUGUUGGUCACCUUCUCUUUUGUUGCCGUUUUCACCUUUGCAACUGACGUCAAAGUGUUUGUACGGAGAAAUCAGUGGACAUACUAUGUCUCCUAUGCUGUCUUCUUUGUUUCACUGAUCGUUCUCAGCUGCUGUGGAGAGUUUCGCCGCAAACACCCAUGGAACCUGGUGGCACUGUCCAUCCUGACCCUGAGUCUGUCCUAUAUGGUUGGAAUGGUCGCCAGCUACUAUGAUACAGAUGCAGUUAUCAUGGCAGUGGGCAUCACUGCGGUGGUCUGCUUCACAGUUGUGCUUUUCUCAUUGCAGAGCAAAUAUGACUUCACUUCCUGCUGGGGUGUUCUUUUUGUCUGUCUGAUUGUCCUUCUCCUGGCCUCUUUCCUCUGCAUCUUCAUCCAAAACAAAAUUCUCCACAUCGUCUACGCCUCGCUCGGGGCCCUGCUGUUCACUUGUUUCCUAGCUGUGGACACCCAGCUUCUCCUGGGCAACAAGAAGAUGGCCAUUAGCCCAGAGGAGUACGUCUAUGCAGCUCUUAACCUCUACACCGACAUCAUCAACAUCUUCCUUUACAUCCUGGCCAUCGUGGGUCGCACCAGGGAAUGAGUGUGCCCCCUUCCUGUAAGAAGAGAAAAGUGCAGUCCACUUUACACGGAAUGAUGUACCAACUCACAUUUCUUCACCUUUCCUCAUAUUCUUAAUUUAUUUGUCUUUCACAUUCCCUGUAUGUCAACAUGUACAGGCUGAUCAAGCCAUAAGCUCUUUGUCCUUUUCUGGGCAAAAUUAGAAAUCAGAAAAUUAUUUAAGAACCCGUUUGAAUGUAGUUCCUCUACAUCGCUCGCUCUGUCCUUGUUAAAACCGCUUCUGGUUCUGGAGAUGUAUAACGUGAUAUGACUCAACAGUUGCAUCCAAACGGCAUGGCAGAAAUUUCACUCGACUAACUUUUGCAUCUUUGCUCUCUGGUUGAUCGAGAGGCAGAAAGAAAGAGCAGAUAUCAAUGAGCGGAGAUUUGUUUGUCAGAGUAACGAACAUUACUGAUGCUAAUGUGCUCCACUAGUCAAAAAAUAAAGUCUCUGCAUGAUAGUCUAACACAGCGAAGAAUGUCAGACAGACAUCGAUACUUCUCCAAACAUUUGCAUAUAUAUACAGUAGCUGUAAAUAGUCAAAUAAAGCUCAAACCCCUCUAGUUCUAGGCAUGAAUAUCUGAAUAUCUGUCUGUGCUGCUCACUAAUGUGUGCGUUUCUAUAACAUUGCUGCUUUGCAACGUAAUACCACCAAUAUAUACACUCCAAGAUGACAAACGUUUGUUCAGUUGACUUAUCUACAGUAUAACUAUGAGAAGUAAAAUAAAGCCUGUGUAUAAUAACUUUUAAUUUUUUAUUUUUGAGAGGAAGGUGAGCUUGUGUGGUUGUCCUGACUAUUAAAUAGUUCCAAAGGUCAGUAUUUGAGGCUCAAACACUACAUUACAUAACUCUUUUCUCUUUCAUGCUGACUACUUUACUUUUUUUUUUAUUAAAUAGAUCAUUUUGUUGUUUUGUUUGUGUAUGUGUGUGUGUGAUUGAGGGAAAGAUAUGUAAUUCCCUUAUUUUAACAAAUGUGAAUGGAAUAUUGGAUUAUUUGAUGCUUUUGGAAAUAUCACUAGUUGCACGUUACCUUGCAAAAAUGUUCCAUGUGCUGGACAAUAACAGGAUAUUUCUAGGAUAAUUCUUGCAUUUGAUGUUUUUGUGGUUAUUUAUAAGUUAUUUAUUAAAAUGCCA